AUGACCCAUCCACUUACACACACCGGAUACUCGGGAUCUGCCCCGAAAAAGCUAUCGCCUCCACCUAUCCCCCCGCCGCAUCAUGACUACCACACUACUACUACCAAUACCACCACCCGGUAUACGCCUCGAACGUCGUCUUCGAUAUCGCCAGACAAUGCGCGAGAUGCAACUUUGCAGAACGGGCGGCGGCAAAUGGGGCUGAAUUCUUCGGUUCAGGUGUCAUCGCUUCCGCAUACUAGCCACAACUCGACUCCGAUGCAAGAGUCCUCGUCUACAAACUCGCUAAUCACGGAGGAGGACAUCAAAUACUACUACACUAAGCUCAUCAAUUACGAAUUGCGGAAUCUACAACUAGACACCGAUCUCCAGUGCAAGUCCUUGUUUGACUUGAUCGACUACUGCGAGAUGUUGUACGAGACGUCCAAUGUCCAGCUUGGCGGCAAUGUGCACAAUGCAGCAGCAGACCAAGUCCAGGGGAUCAAGACUUAUAUCAAGGGGUUCUUGGUGUUCAACUAUUUCAUCAACAGUUUUAUCAUGCUUCAUUUUGAAGGGUUUGAUGAGUUUAUCAAGGUGAAUGAGCAGGACUUUAUCAUAUAUUUGAACAUUUACGCAUUCUACAACUCGGACGUCUACUUCAACAACGGCAAGUACUCGGUUCACUCGAUUGAUUUGAGGAAAUACGUCAAGCUUUAUCUAGUGGACAAGGAUCUACUCAAUUUCAACAUUGAGGAGUUGUAUGAGUGGUUGAAUGAGUAUAUCCGGUACCUCAAACUGAAAGACGAAGGCGAUGACGACAACAGUUUUAUAAGUGAAGAAGAGCGGGAGUCGGAGUUUGAAACGAUCAUGGAUGACGAUUUGUCGUUUGCUGCCUCGGCUUAUCCACCUUCUAAAGGGGCGAACCAUUCAAGAGCAGCGUCGGUGGGGUCUAUUGACAAGUUCAAAGUUCGAUACCCGUCACUCAACCUCAAUGCCAACCCAUCCAGUUUCAGCUCGCUACUGGAAAAUGCCCCACUUCAGAAAAUCCGGCCUCCCAUUCCGACAGUUCUCCCUCCAUCUUUGCAGACAUCCAAAACGACAUCAUUUGCUCCCUCAUUGCACCAUGAAACUCCAUAUCCAGUGAGCGAGAGUAAUGACCUGCGAAACGCAAAUCACAGAAGACCAAAGCAGGAAGUGCCCGAGGGAUACUCUCGACCAACACAGAGACAAACUGCGCCAGUACCGCACAAGAAUGGACACACAAUUUAUCAUCAUCAAAACGGUCUGCAGCUGCACCACCCGCAAUUGUAUAAUUAUCCACAACAGGCAUACCAGCAGCAACAACCGCAGUAUCAGCAGUCUUAUCAGCCAAUGUCAAUGUCAAUGUCAAUGCCAAUGCAGCCGGAUCACGGUUACUCAUAUUCCAACGGGGCACCUCCAGUAGCCUACCAGCAGUAUUUAACGCAACCACCACCACACCCGCAACUACAGCCACAGGCACAGCAACCGCAACUAUUCAUGUACCAGCCUCAUAACAAUUUGAUCCCCACCCAUGUACUCAAACAGCAGGAGCAAAUCAAAUCACAAAAGAUAAACAUGUUGAAAGACUAUUCAGUUUGCGGAUUGAGGAAUUUCGGAUCCUCGUGCUACAUCAACUCCACCAUCCAGAUAUUGUUUGGAAUUUAUUCUUUCAAAACCAUUUUCAACCGUGGGUACCAGAAAUACGUGAGGCAGCCCGAAUACGUUAAAAUCAUGAAAAAACCCAAUUCCCACCAUAAGGAGUCGAUCUUACUAAGCGAGGCGAUUGCCGGGCUCUUGCGGACGUUUCAGCAAAAUGGGGGCGUCUCGGUGUCGCCUUCGAAAUUCAUUCGAGUCACCUCGUUAUUGAAACCCGAUUUCAACAUCCCGCAUGAACAGCAGGAUGCUCAGGAGUUUUUGUUGUUUCUUUUAGAGAGGCUUCACGAGGAACUAUGCGACAAAACUGUUGAGGAUUACGAUCCCGAGGAACUCUUUGCCAAAUGGAACAUCACCGUUAAUUUGGAGAAUAGGUCAACCUACUACAAAUGGUGCAGAUCGUUGCAUGAACACGAAGGUUCAAGUCCCAUUCUGGACUUAUUCCAAGGGCAUUUGCAGAAUAAAUUGAAAUGCAACAAGUGCGGGUACGAGUCUAUCCUGUACUCGCCGUUUUCAAUCUUGUCGUUACCGAUCCCCAACACGAGGCACCCCGACGAGAUUGUCGAUUUGAGCUCCUGUUUAGGGUACUACAUUCAAGACGAGACCUUGGCUGGAGAUAACGCAUGGAGGUGUCCCAAGUGCCAUGGCGAAGUCCCCACAGUGGAAAACCAUCCCGUAUUUGCUAGCAAAAAGGGCCUCUUCCGAUUAGGCAAAUCCAAGAAACAGCCCACAUUAUCCAACUCCAAUGAGCUGUCCUCCGCCGCCGCGUCCACCACCAUCUCCACCAAAUCCCUACAUUUUGUCAAGUUGCCGACAAUCUUGUUCAUCCACUUGUCGCGAUUUUCUAUGAUGAACCUCACGCACAAGUUGGACACGCCCAUACGAUACCCGCUCAAACUCAAGUUCAACAACCAAGGGCACGAGAUCAUCUACAAGAUCACCGGUAUAAUCAACCAUUUCGGCAAUUUGAAGAGCGGCCAUUACACCUCGUUGAUCAACAAGUCCACUUUGAAUGAGACGAGGCACGAUUUGGAGAACUUGAUGCAUCCCUUUUGGUGCUAUUUCGAUGACGAACACGUGAGGCCGAAUGUUAAUAACGGCAGUUUGAGGGGCGAUGGCUCCGGUUACGACGAGGUCAUUUCCAAGGAUGUUUAUGUGCUCUGCUAUGAGCGGGUAAGUUAG